AUGGGUGCCUACACUGCCGAAGUCGAAAGGAUCUACGCCGGACUCACUGACCAACCUCCUCACACCCAAGACCAAGCAAUCAUGGCCAAAGCGGUUAUCGAAUUGCAUCUAGCGACUUUCAAAUAUUACGACUACAAUAGAACGUUUGAGCUUGUAGAUGAAAACUACAAACAACAUAGCCAGCUGGUGGCUGACGGACGCGAAUCCAUCAUUGAAGCAUCUAAGAUUCUCAAGUCUAUUGCGGCAAAGCACUGGACGGGGCCCGGGGAGCCGCAUUUCAACAUGCAGUUCAAGAGGGUUCUUGUUGAUGGAGAUUAUAUUGUGGCACAGAUUUUCUCCGAGCGCUGGCCAGGCGACUCAGGCGAGCAUGUCUUUGACCUGUACAAAUGGAAGAACGGCAAGGUUGUGGAGCACUGGGACGUUAUUCAACAGGUUCAUCCUGAAAAUAUCAAGCAUGGAAACUCUGUUGCUUGA